CCCUUGGUGGCUGUGUACUACACCAACAGAGCCCUGUGCUACCUGAAGAUGCAGCAGCACGACAAGGCACUGGCAGACUGCAAGCGAGCCCUGGAGCUGGACGGGCAGUCUGUGAAGGCUCACUUCUUCCUGGGCCAGUGCCAGAUGGAGAUGGAAAACUACGACGAGGCCAUUGCCAACCUGCAGAGAGCCUACAACCUGGCCAAGGAGCAGCGGCUGAAUUUCGGGGAUGACAUUCCCAGCGCACUGCGCAUCGCCAAGAAGAAACGCUGGAACAGCAUCGAGGAGAAGAGAAUCAACCAGGAGAACGAGCUGCACUCCCACCUGACCAAGCUGAUCAUGGCAGAGAAGGAGAGGGAGUUGGCCGAGUGCCGAAACUCAGCAGACCCGGACGAGAGCAGGAGCCGAGUCCAGCUGGCCACCAUCGAGGCCAAGCAUGACAAGUACCUGGCGGACAUGGAUGAGCUCUUCUCCCAGGUGGAUGAGAAAAGGAAGAAACGAGACAUCCCUGACUACCUGUGUGGGAAGAUCAGUUUUGAGCUGAUGAGAGAGCCCUGCAUCACACCCAGCGGGAUCACCUACGACAGGAAGGACAUUGAGGAGCAUCUCCAGCGCGUGGGGCAUUUCGACCCGGUGACGCGGAGUCCCCUGACCCAGGACCAGCUGAUCCCCAACCUUGCCAUGAAGGAGGUGAUAGAUGCCUUCAUCUCGGAGAACGGCUGGGUGGAGGAUUACUGA